CAACAUCUACAAUAUAUUCCAUUUCCUGUAAUGGCGGCAUCCUUGUUAUCACGGUAGUAAAGAUAAAAACAACAAAAUGCCGAGGAGUAAGAGAAACACAACCAAGAGCUCUGCGCCUGUCGUGACGGAGGAGGUCCCCGCUACUCGCAGGACUCGUGGAGCUGCCGCCCCCCCAACUGUAGAGACACCCUCACCAAAAAAGACUAGGAAAAGUAGCCCCAGCCCUUCACCUGCACCAAGAGGUAGAAGCAGAGGAAGAAGCACAAAAGAAGCAGAGACCAAACAAGAGAAGGGACAAGGUGAUGAUGUAGAGGAGCCAAGUCCAAAGAAGGGGCGAGUAACUCGAGCUGUGGUUCAGCAGGAGGAAGCGCCAUCUCGUGGGAGGGCAAGUAGUCGCAAAGCUGCAGAACCAAAAAAAACUGCACCCUCACCAACCCCGAAAGGUCGCUCCAGCUCUCGUCAGAAAGCUGUUCCCACGCCAACCAAGGCUGAGGAACCAAAGGCAGAAACAUCAAGGUCCCGCAGUAGGUCUAAACCGACAAAACCGGAACCUAAAACACCAGAACCCAAAACAGCUAAGGCCAAGAGCCAGACAAGGAAAACACCAGCUAAAAAGGCAACACCUAGUCCCAGGAAGACCCCAGUGAAACCUGAACCAUCACCAAAGCCUGCUGCCUCCAGGAGCAGAAGUAGGGGCAAGAAAGAUGAUAAGGCAAAUGAUCUGCCAUCAGCACAACUUAUCCUCACUAAGAUUGAUAGUCCUAGCAAAUCUAACAAUACAAGCUUUGCUGAAAAUGAAGAAGAAACAAUAUUGCCUUCCAGAAGUAGGGGUCAGUCAUCAGCUAAAACUUCUCCUCCCAAGGCCAGCCCAAAGGAAUCUAGAAGAUCUAAAUCAUCUGAAAAAUCUACUCCUCCAACUCGGCGAAGUAGAAGGUCUGUGGAAGCUGAAGAGGAAGCUGAAGAGAAAGUCAAGGAAAUGGAGAGUGAGGAAAAAGAAGAGGAGACAAAGGAUAAAGAAAGAGUGCUUCAGACAGAGCAGAUAGAAAAAGCAGAAGCUGUAAAAAAAUCAACUGAGUCUGAGGAGGAAAAUAGAGAUGAGGAUAUGGAUGCAAAAGAUACAGCAGCAGAAAUGGAGGAUGUGGUAGAGGAGAAAGAAAGUGAUGAUGUGAAAGAGAAAGAAAAUGAUGUUGAGGAGGAAGAAAAUGAGGAAGCUGCAGAAAAAAAGGAUGAAGUAAUGAAAGAGGAAGAAGGUAAAGAUGGGAAGGAGGAAGAAAAUGAAGAAGUGAAGAUGGGAGAAACUAAGGUUGCAGAUGUAGUGGAAACUGAUGAAAGACAGGGGCAAGAAGAAAAGAUGGAGGAAGAAAUGGAAGAGGAGGAAUCAAAAGACAAGCCAAAGUCAUGUGAGCCUGAUCAGGAGUCAACAACAUUAGAACCCACACUACCAUUAAAACCUUCACCAGUGAAAGAGUCAUCAGCUCCAGCAGCGGAAGAAUGUAAACCUCCUGAAAUAGAAGCAAUAUCUGAUGACGAUGUGGAAAAGGAAGAACCAAUGGAUGAGGAUGUCGUUGAGGUACAGGAAAAUGAAGCAUCAGAAGACACAGCAGUUGCACCAGCAGUUACAGAACCAGUUGCAGCACAGGUAGAAAUGGUCCAGGAAGUGCCAAAACCCGCAAUAGCUGAUGGAGAGCAGCAAAAUGGAUCCCCUGGUGAUCCUCUUUCUUCUCCAAGUCGCAAACGCAAGUGGGAUGAUUUUGAUGAUGAAGGUGAGGACCUAGCUCCAAAGAAGGCCCGACGGUCUAUUGAUAUGGCUGAUGUUACAAGUGAAGGAGUUGUAACCACUAAUGGUGAAAAUCAAAUGUCAAAACAGAUGGCAGAAGAGGAAUCAACGGAAGCUACUUUAGAUCAGAAAGCCCAGGACCCAGAAGUGGAACCAACUUCUUCAGAUACAGCCAGUCAGAACAUUGAGAAGGAGUAUGUUGUAGUAAAUAUGGAUGAAAUACCAGCAGCUAAUAGCACAGAAGUCUUGCAAUGUUUACCUACAGAUUUGCCAAAAGAGGAGGCUGUGGCUCCAGCUUUAGCAGCAGAACAAAGUCAGUCAAUAGCUCCUCCAUCAGAAGUGGUAUCAGAUGUUAAUCAGGAACAAACAACAGCAGCAGUGACCUCCCCUUCAUCAGAAUUCAACCCAGUGCUGUCCAGGAAAUAUAUCCCCAAUCCAUCUUAUCAUUUAACAGGGGACUCAAACAAACAAUUCUCAGUGGUUAGUUACAACAUUUUAGCCCAGUGUCACCUAGAAAGAAAUGACUAUUCAUUUACAGAGUCUCAGUAUUUAGAAGAAAGUUAUCGUCAUCAAAACCUCAUGAAGGAAAUAAAGUACCUUAAUGCAGAUUUAGUGUGUAUGCAGGAGGUGGGACCUUUGUACUAUGAGUCUUUGCUCAAACCAGCUAUGAGCAGGUUGGGGUACGAGGGUCUAAUGAAGAAGAGGACACAGGAGUAUUUUAAUGAGGGAGAAGCCACGUUCUACAAGACAGACAGAUUUUCUGCAGUGGAGACUUGUACCUACUCCCUUAAGGACUUGGCUGAACAGGAAUUGGAGGAUGGCGGUGUGAGUGAGGAAGUGAAAGUGUCUAUCAGAAAAUACCUGAACCUACCGGACGUUCUGGUGCUGACCAAGCUGCGUUGUAAUGUCACGGGCAAUGUAUUGUGUAUGGGUAACAUUCAUGUCCAGUGGGGCAAGAUGGAGAUCCCUGAUGCUCAGUGUAUACAGAUUGUAUGUGCCAUAAAGGAAUUAGCAAAGCAGGGAGGAAGCGAUUGUCACGCUCAGAUUCUGUGUGGAGAUUUCAACUCAGAAGCGACCAGUCCUGGGUACAAGCUGGCGAUGGGAGGUUAUCUUACUGAUGAAGUCCUCAAACAACUACAGGCUCUAGAGAAUCUAGAGAUGACAGACUCUAGUAAGGCAGCACUUGUAAACCACCUUUGGAGAGCAUUCCAACACACAUCGGACAUGAAAAGUGCUUACCAGUCAGCACAGGGAUGUGAACCAGUGGUGACCUCUUUCAACCGAGUGAUGCUGGCAGCAGUUGACUACAUCUUCUAUUGCGGCAGCAAUCUUCACAACGUUGGGGUACUACAGACGGCCAAUGAGGAACACAUUAAGGCCACAGGCGGUAUCCCUGAUCAACUCUUCCCAUCAGAUCACAUCUCCUUGAAGGCAGUCUUUGCAUUUUCAUAAUCAUCAUAACAGAUGUUCUUUACUCAUCUCUUCACACCCAUGGACCAUUGAAAUUAAUAGAGGAGGGGAUACAGCUUGACUGGUCUGGAUGUGAUUCAUUGGAGCAUGACAGCAUAAUCAACGUCACUAGUAAAGUCUUCUCACAGUUCGUCAUCCAUCUUCAUCAUCAGAAACAUCUUCCAGUGCCGUACAGACCUUCACCCUACUCCUUGCAGCAUCACAAAGUUUUAUAGCAUAUAGACAUUGAGCAAAGUUUAUAUAUCAAUAGAAACCAUUGUCUAAACUUAAACUUAUUCAUGUUCUGCAAGAAAUUUAAGACCAAUACAUUCUUUUUGUAAAAUACUUUUAAUGUUGUUAAAAUUACUUGCAGAAUGAAUUUUUAUUAAACCAUAUAGUGGUGUUUUGAAUUCUCAGUUGGUUUUUUUUGAUAAUUAAUCGUUAUUGUAAGGUAGUUGUAUUAAAAACGAAAUGAUUUUAAAACUUUCAAAUGCAUUUAAAACUCUAAUACAGUUAUUUCAAGAUAUAGUUAAAUCCAACAUUUGUUUCUAGUCAUUGAAUUGUGGUGACAUAUCAAACAACUUCUUGUUCCUAAGAGUUACAGAAAAUAUUGGUCUGCUUCCAGACAAGUAGAUUACUAUUUCUAGUUAAUCCUCAGAUUUACAGAAAAUGUUGGUCUGCUUCCAGACAAGUAGAUUAUUAUUUCUAGUUAAUCUGAAAAUUGUAAGGAUUAUUUUUAACUCGUAAUGUCCUAAAAUUAGGCAUGCUGCCAUGUAUGGCUUUAAAUUUGAAACUACUCAUUUGGAGGUAAACUCAUUUUAUUGGUAAAGUCAGAUACAUUAGAAUUAGACCAUCUGCAAAUAUUUUAUAUUUUUGUUUAUUUUUACUUAAGUAACAAUUAACUUUUGCAGUCAGUUUUCACAGCAGUUUCAGCAAUUUUAAGAGAUAGAAAGAAAUGAAAUGAUGUGGUCACAGAUUAAAAAUACAUAUAAUAUUCUAUUGUCAUAUCAAUAUCAUAUCAUUUUCAUGAUCUGUCAACUGUAACAGGUUAAAAAAUGGAAUAAAAUGAAAAAGAGUUUUACAUACAAUUAUCACCAGUGACUGUUUAACUCCAUUCCUUUCAAGAUUUAGAUAUUAGUAGUACCUGUAGUAACAUAAGACCAGUGAUGGUUUCUUUUGAAAAAUAUUGCAGUCUCAAGAAUCCCCAAGUAAGUAGGGAUGUGAGAAUAUAUAUUUCCACUUCCUGUACAGUAGUGUUGAGAAUUCGAUUACGUAUGUGCAGAUGUCACUUUCCACUUACUAAGGUAUUGAGAAUUCCUGAGUGAGUUGGUGUGUGACAAUGUUUAUUUCCACUUACUGAAGUCUUCAGAAACACAGAAUGAGUCAUUUUCACUUAAUUCAAAGUUUUGAGAGUCCCUGAAUCAGUAGGUGCCUAAGAAUAUCUGUUUCUACUCGAGUCUUCAGAAUCUCCCAGCGAGAAGGUGUGUGUGGAUGCGUAUUUCCAUUUACUGCCAGGUGCCAUCUUUUGGUGUGAUUCUGUAUAAACCACAAUAAAUAAAAUCCAUCGUCUCGUGUGUAUGUCCAUUAUCUUGCACGAUACCAAUCACUUGGUAAGCAAAAUAAUAUAUCUCUCUUCUGUCCACAUCUGGUUUUGAUCGUGUCUUGGUAGAUAGCUAUAUAUACUUGUAUUUUAUAAUCAGAGGUACUAACUAGAGGAAGAGGGACCAAAUCUGACUUAUUUUGCUUAUUGAAUGAGGACAACCUUUCUUUGAGGACUUUUGAAGAAACAAUAUAUCAAUUAUCAUACAGUAAUAUCAAUAGGAUAGCAACAAGUGACCAUUUAUAGAUAAGUGGUCUUUGGUUGUCUUCUUCUCAUUUAUUAUGAUUUCGGUUAUUUUAAGAUGAAUUAUACAUUAGAGUAUGCGAGAGAGAACGAUUGUUUUGGGUAUUGUUCAUUUCUAUGAUUUUCUCUCUUGUCCAUUAAGGCAGUUGAGUUGGAUUUAUGUUAACAAUUUAAUGACAGUCAUAUUUCAAGGCUUUUGUUUUUUUAAUUUGGAAUUCUUGUUUUUUAAAAGAUAAGUACUGUGGAUCUCUACCCGUUGGACACUUAAAGAAGUUGAUAAUCGGUCCAAAGUUUAUGUUGGUGCUAUUGUACAGAAAGACUUGAAGAGACACUUAAAUACUAAAAUUUAAAUGAUACUCCCUGCAGCAUUCAGAAUAUAAACUUUAAUAUUGCAUGUGGUAUGUCUAGACCAGCUUGUGCAUCACAUUGCACUUGUUUGCUAAAUUCAUCCAGCUGCAAUAUUGAAGCAUGUCAAUAUCAAUGGACCCUUGCUUUAAAAAUGUUGUUUCCCUGCACUGUAUUGACAGACGACUGUAACCCUCUACCAAGUACAGUAAAUGUCAAGAAACCAGCAGUAUUAGUUAUGUUAAAUUUUAAUGUGUGCUUAUAUAUGUUACGAAGAAGGCUCAUUUUAUUAAUGUGUAUAUAAAACUGGAAUAUAUGGGCUGGUAUUCUUUUUCUGAUGUUUCUGUCCAAGAAAUAUUUUUGGAUGGAUUCAUCUUUCAGUUAAUUAUAGAAACAUUUUUGAAACCAUUCAAACUUCAGUUUUAUAAUCAGAUUGUUGAUUUGCAUUUAAAUCUAUUGAACUGAACACUUUAAGUAAAGCAUUUUCUGUAGACUAAAUUGUAAUAUUUUUAUAUUGAAACAUAGAUAAAUUUUGUACAGAUGCACUUUUGAUGUGCAAUGUUAAAGAUGUAAAUUUUUGAAAAUUACAUUAACAGUCCCAUGACAGUAUCAGGUUUGGUCCAUGUUGUGAACAGCAGAAAAUGAAAAAAGGAUCUUUACUGCUUUUAUGAAAUUGUUCAUUUAAAUACAGCCUCUCAGUAGUAAUUCAAAGACAACUCCUUUUUACAGUUCUAAUGAAACUAGACAAACUUAGUUAUGAAUGCUUUUCUUAUUGGCAAAAGGGACUUAACAUAAUAUUUAAAGAAAUAGUCAUUAAUUGUUUUUAGGCGAGAUAUUAAACCAAGAACUACUCUUAAACCUGUACAUCGUUAUUUUACAUAUUUUGUCGUGAGCUCCCUGACCAGGACCGCCCUGUUUGGUCGGAGUAAGUCCUACCUGGAUUACCUUGUCUGGUUAGAAUAGGUCGUGAUCUUGAUGACCUGGACUACUCUGUCCAGUUUGAGUAAGUAUUUACCUCCCUUUCUUGGAACUCUCUGUCCAGUUGGAGUAGGUACUGAACUCCCUGACAUAGACUGCCCUGUCCAGUUUGAGUAGGUAUUUACCUCCCUUUCUUGGAACUCUCUGUCCAGUUGGAGUAGGUACUGAACUCCCUGACAUAGACUGCCCUGUCCAGUUUGAGAAGGUCUAAACUCCCUGACAUAGACUGCCUUGUCCAGUUUGAGAAGGUCUGAACUCCCUGACAUAGACUGCCUUGUCCAGUUUGAGUAGGUCUGAACUCCCUGACAUAGACUGCCUUGUCCAGUUUGAGUAGGUCUGAACUCCCUGACAUAGACUGCCUUGUCCAGUUUGAGAAGGUCUGAACUCCCUGACAUAGACUGCCUUGUCCAGUUUGAGAAGGUCUGAACUCCCUGACAUAGACUGCCUUGUCCAGUUUGAGAAGGUCUGAACUCCCUGACAUAGACUGCCUUGUCCAGUUUGAGAAGGUCUGAACUCCCUGACAUAGACUGCCUUGUCCAGUUUGAGAAGGUCUGAACUCCCUGACCUGGGACGCUCUGUUCAAUGGCAGGUCUUGAUGUGGGCCACUCUGUCCGGUUUGAGUGGGUACAUAACUUGAUGAAGGACAGAUGAUCCAUUUGUACAAUGUGUUAGUAUAUAAAUACACAACCAGGUAGCUCUUUUGUAUACAGUUAUAUCAUGUUCAAUCAUUAAUUGGUUUAUAUUUGAUUCAUGUUAUGAUUUCAAAGUGUUAAAUUUAACAAUUGAAUUUUGGAAUUUAAAAAAAAAAAUUUAAAAAAAAUCGAUUUUUAAUGUUGAAAUAAUUUUGUUGUAUUCAAUUAAUAUGAAGAUGUAUUGAUUUUGAGUAAAUUAGAUAUUUGAAGUAAAUAAAGAAAUUUGACUGCA